AUGUGUAAAUAAAAAAUCAGAUGCAAUUAAAUUUUAAUUUUUAACUUUAAGAGAAUACAAUCAUCGAUAAUCUUAGUUAGAGAAGAGAAGAAAACAAUAAUCUCCUAAUAUAACGAUUUAGUUAAGCAAAAAAUUAUAAUUUCAUUUCAUGUUAUUAUUUAAAUGGAAAUGGAUAAUAAAAAACAUUAGAUUAAACAACAAAUAGAUUUGUUAUCAACUAAACUCUAUUUAAGUUUUAAAAAAAAGGAUUAGUUAAAGGUCAAAAAAAUUCAAAAGAAACAAUCAAAAACAAAAUCUUCUGAAUAAUUAUUAUAAUCGACGUAGAAUUUUGUUUUAUCUACAUCAAAAUCUCAUAAAAUAACAACAGAAUCAAUUUAGAAAACAUAAAACAAUAAAAAUUUGAAAAACAAAAUCAAAGAAUAAUCAAUUAGUAAAAGAAUUGUAGUUUUAGCAACCCAAUCGAAUUUAAUUUUAAAAAAUUACUUCAAAAAUAUCAUUUAACUCUGA